AUGGAUAUGGACAUCGAUCUUGACCUGGGCCCUGACCCGGAGUUUGAACAGCCCCCUCAGCCGAUUCUCCCUGAUGCAUCAACUCACGACGCAAUGGUCGAUCCCCUGGACGAGGAGGCCAUGUACGAAAAAGUUCAUGUGCGCGGCGUGGAUGAAAUGACCACGGACGACAUCAAGCAAUUCGCAAGCACACAUUUUGCAGACGAAGUGCCCUCGCGAGUCGAAUGGAUCGACGAUACGUCCGCUAAUAUCGUUUAUUCCUCUCCGGAGAUUGGUCUUCGGGCUCUUGCAGCCCUGACCCAGGUCAGCGAGGAGGAGGACACAUCCGCUCUACCUCCAUUACGUUUACGCUCCGCAAAUAAUUUGGCGACCUAUCCUGAUUCAGUCUUGCAAGUGCGGUCUGCCGUAAAAUCAGACAAAAAGCAGCCGCGUGCUCACGAGAAGAGCCGCUUCUACUUGAUGCACCCAGAGCACGACCCCCGCGAGCGCUUGCGACAGGAGAUUACCGACCGGCGCCGCGAUAAAGAGACAGGUGAUGGUGAUUAUCGACGACGUCGAUUCGACGAUCGGGAAUUGCGCCGGCGCAAGGACCGAGCUCAGGAUGACCGUUUCGAUGUGAACAUGUAUGACGACCAACCGGAGGCCAGUCACCAAGCUGACUCCGAACGUUGCCGUCCCGGAGAUAGGAGAAAAAGAGGCAAUAUCGAGCUCUUCCCCGAAGACGAAUCCGCUUCCGGGCGACUGCGCAAUCGCAGUGCAUCACCGGGCCGGGACACACUCGACGAUGCGGACCACAUCGACACGAGACGCAAAUUCCGUGAGCGUUCACCACAGACCCGUCGUCGGAACGAGGGGAAAGAACUUUUUUCCUCUGCGGAUGUCGGUUCCCGUGAAUUAUUCCCGAAUAAGACCUCGUCAAGCUACCUCAAGAAAGACCUGGCUCCUGGCAAGCCUAGUAACCAUCGCCGCUCUGACGCCUUUGACGCCGCUGAUGAAACACCCGACCUGCUUGGUCGGAGAAUCUCAGUGCCCUCCACAGAGAGCCAAUCCGACAAAAAGAGACGCAAUGUCGAAUUGUUCCCUGGCUCAGGUUCUGGGCGAGUGGAUCGGGAAGUAGAUCAGGGUUCUGCUCUGCGGAAUGCUGGGUCAGGAAUUUCCAUCAAGGGCCGCGGCGCGUCGGUUCGCGAAUUGUUCCCCAACAAGUACCAGGAGAACACGGGCAAGGAGUUGUUCUCUGGAAAGCUCGAAGGUCGUGGCGGUCGUCGUCAACGUGCAGAGGAUCUCUUCGGCUGA